AUGUUUUGUUCAAUUGAUGAAUUAUUAAAAGUUGAAAAAGAUGUGAAAAAAGUUGAGAUCGAACCAAAAUUUUCAAAUAAUUUUUGCUCGGAAGAAUUGAAAAAAUUGGCAGAAAAAGCGAAAAUUGAAGAAGAAAAUGAAGAGAAAAUCAGAAGAAAUUUGCAAUUUUUUGGUGAGUUGGGGUCUUUGAAAAUCAAAUCAAAAUUUUCAUAUGAAUAUUUUGAAACAGUGAAUUUUCUCAAACAAAAGUUCUUCAGUUUCUCUUGAUAAUUCACCAUGAAAAAUUAAAUUUGUUUCAGACGAACCAUCUGCUUUUUCUCAAUCAACAUCUCAAAACUUCUCUCAAAUUAUUCAACCAACAGUUUUACCAAUUUUAUAUGAUCAAAUUGCAAUCACAUGUAAGUUAUUGUAUUUUUUGGUGCCAAAAAUCCCACUGAAACUUUUUAAUUUUUUGCAGUAAAUGCAUGGCAAGUUUGGGGAAAAAUGCGUCGUCCUCGAACAGCUUUUAGUAGUGAACAAUUAAUUGAAUUGGAAAAACAAUUCGAAAAAAAUCGAUAUUUGAGUCGUCCGAGAAGAUAUCAAUUGGCACAACAAUUAACAUUAUCCGAAACACAAAUCAAAAUUUGGUUUCAAAAUCGACGAAUGAAAAAUAAGAGAACUAAUGUCACAACAAAUAGUUCUGAUUUUGCAAAUAAUAAUUUUGAUUGA